AUGGCCAAAGAGAGAUUGCGGCGUUUAUACAGUGCCAUGCCCAGUUCCGCAGAAAACUAUAGUCUGCAGGAAUUGGUCCGGCCAAAAUUCUUUUCCAUUGCAUCCAGCCGCUCUUCUAUCCAGAACACAGAAACGCCGACAGAGAACAUCUUUGGCGCUCCUUCCUACGAUGAGAAUGAUGUCGAAAGUUCCGCCACAUUUGUCCCUCCCGACAGGACAAAAAACCAAACUCAACUCAACUUCUCAUUGGAAAACGGUUCCCGUAACACGACUUUGCCCGCAGAAAAACCUUACUCAGAGCGAAGAAUAGACGAACGACUGGUCGCCGAGGAGACUAGGCGCAAUUCAAUCCUUGAAUUCAAUGGUACCGCUUCUCUAUUUGACGCCCGAGUAAUAUGCGUAAGACCAAACUUCACUGAUUGGGACAUCACUGAAAAUGGAGAUCACGAGUCGUCUUUCUUCCAAGGAAAUAUCGUCGCACCGACUCUUCCCAGCGACCUGGCCGAGAUAUUGCAUUUCAAUAUGUCCACUAACGGGACUUUAACCAAGAUCCCUUUCCAUUGCUCGAUGGAACAAUUCUCUUACCUCCAAGAAGGUCGGUCUUUCAGAAUUUGUCUGCCGGGAAUGUCAACCACGAAGACGGUAUUCGGAGGCUUAACCAACGCUCUCGACCCCACGGUGAACAGAAGUACAGCACGUAGCCAAUACCUGAACGAAAGGGAUUUGUUUACUGCGGGUAACGGAAAUAACUCGUGGAGAGUAGAGUAUGGGCGUAUGAUACUGUUCCUUGACGUGGAACAGCAUGGUCCCCAAGCUACUGAUUACAACGGGUUUGCUGAAUUAAAUGAUGAUUUAAUUGCAAGUGGAAGAGAUGCUUGGUUAGAUAUAACGUCGGCUGGAAACCCAACCGCGGGCCGCGUUAGUGUCACAACAUGUUACGACGCUUUCUAUCAACAGGCAUUUGCUAGCCGGCUCACACAUAUUCAAGAAUUCAACAUCAAUGCAAUAAGGACAUCAAACCACACUGAACCGCAAGCCAUAUGGGAUCCUAAAAACAGAAAAUUUGACACGACACAAUUACGCAAACAACUAAACGCACUGAAAACCCCACUUCACCGCGGACAAAGAGGUGUUUUCAAUCUAAGGUUAUUCCUCUGA